ACCCGAGAUCCACCAAAACCUUCGCCUCCCUCUCCGUCGCGCGCAGUCCCCCUCCCCCCCGCCGCCGGAGCGAGGCGAAGAAGGAGAGCUCCCCCCCUUCUCUCGCGAGCGAUCGAAGGCUGCUCUCCUUCGGAAUGGCGGCGAAGAGGAAGAUGGAGUGGGCCGCGAGCGGGGCCCACCUGCGAGGGGUGCCGAGGCGGGCGGUGUUCGCGGCCGUCGGGGCGUUCGCCAAGGCGGUGGCGAGCCUCCUCAACACCACCACCGUCCACAACGCCGACACCCUCCUCCGCCUCGUCCGCCACCGCCCGCCCGGCGUCCCUCUCCUCACCGUCAGCAACCACAUGUCCACGUUGGACGAUCCUGUUAUGUGGGGAUUCAAGGGAUUUCCCUCCACGGAUGCAAGUUUGGCCCGAUGGGUGCUAGCUGCUGAAGACAUAUGUUUCAAGAAUGCAGUGCUCUCGUAUAUUUUUCGACUUGGAUAUACAAGAAUUGAGCAAAGCUGUGGCUGUCGUGGUCUCAGGACAGUAGAAUACAGAUGGAAAUGCAUACCUAUCACCAGGGGUGGCGGUAUAUAUCAAGAACACAUGAACGAAGCUCUUGAGCGAUUAAGUGAUGGUGAAUGGUUGCAUACAUUUCCAGAAGGAAAAGUGUCCCAAGAAGAUGGACCUAUACGAAGAUUAAAGUGGGGAACCGCUAGUCUAAUUGUUCGAGCCCCUGUCACUCCAAUAGUCCUGCCGAUUGUUCAUCAUGGACUUCAAGAGGAGUUAUGCAAAUGAAAUACGAGAUGGUAAUUUCAUGUGUUGAGAUGAUUGUAUUUCUUGCAAUACUGAAGGAUCACUCUCACAUAGCAUCCAACUUCAGCUUCUGAUCCAGACACAAAAGGGAGAAGGCGUUAUCAAUACAUGUGAGAGGGUACUGAUCACAGAUCAAUUCCUAUUAGCUUCACUUCCUAAUAUUUUGAGACUACCUGCUGUUAGAUGAGCAGCAGACCUCAUGCACCAUAUUUAGCGUUGCAACAUCAGGAUUAAAUGGACAUUUCUGUUUUUGUUAAUAUUUCUGUCUUUGUCUCUUUUUUGACAAACCUGGGCUGUCUAAAUUGCACUAUUAACGAUCAAAUCAAUCUGGACUAUUGAUAAGCACCACCUGACAAGAAAUAGAACCAUAUGCAGUGUACCCUGCAAUUGCUCAAGGAUGUUAACAGAUAAUCUAGUAAUAUAUUUUUGUUGGGAACUUAGGUUACAUUAACUUUUCCUUAUUGCUUAAUCUAAAUCUUGCGGUGACACUUACUUUGAGUUCUUUCGAUUUGAAAUACCUGGAAACUUUCACAACAUAUAAAUGUUGACUCAUUGUUUGGUGGGAGAAGAAAAAUGUUAUGCUGAAGUGUAAAAAAUUGGUGCUCUUAAUGAGAAAGAACCCUGGUUUGAUUUGAUAUUGUUGAAUUGUUUUUUAGCUUGGGCAUUGUUUCCUCAUUGAUUUUCAAUUCC